AUGUCUACGCUUGAAGAGCUCGAAGAUUUGGAGCGUGAAGACAAGGAUAAGAAGAAGGACCAGGAAGAGCGAGACGGAAAGAAGUCUGGUCAAGAUGGUGAUGCAGAAAUGGAAGAUGCAGAUUCGAAAAAGGGGGGAGAUGACCUAGUCGACGAGGAGAUUCUACGAUCAAGCACACGAGAUAUCAUAAACAGACGGAAACUGCUGGACAACGACAUGCGUAUCAUGAAGAGCGAGUUUCAGCGACUGACCCACGAGCAAAACACGAUGAAGGAGAAAAUAAAGGACAAUCUGGACAAGAUCGAGAACAAUCGACAAUUACCUUACCUGGUUGGGAAUGUCGUUGAGCUUCUAGACCUUGACGUCGAGAAAGAGGCUGCCGAGGAAGGUGCCAAUAUAGAUUUGGACGCCACCCGCGUAGGCAAAUCCGCAGUCAUUAAGACAUCUACUCGUCAAACAAUCUUCCUUCCUCUCAUCGGCCUCGUUGACCACGAAAAACUCAAACCUGGCGACUUGAUUGGCGUGAACAAAGAUUCAUACCUUGUCCUUGAUACACUUCCUGCGGAGUACGAUAGCCGAGUAAAAGCCAUGGAGGUUGAUGAAAAGCCUACGGAGCAGUACUCCGAUGUUGGAGGCCUCAACAAGCAAAUUGAGGAGCUGGUAGAGGCCAUUGUUUGGCCGAUGAAGGAGGCUGAUCGGUUCAAGAAAAUUGGAAUUAAAGCUCCAAAGGGCGCGCUCAUGUACGGCCCACCUGGUACUGGUAAAACAUUGCUUGCUAGGGCCUGCGCUGCCCAAACAGAUGCUACAUUCCUAAAGCUCGCCGGCCCCCAACUUGUCCAAAUGUUCAUUGGUGAUGGCGCCAAGCUCGUUCGCGACUGCUUUGCCCUUGCCAAAGAGAAGGCCCCCGCUAUCAUUUUCAUUGACGAACUCGACGCCAUUGGUACAAAGCGAUUUGACUCAGAAAAGUCUGGUGACCGCGAAGUUCAACGUACCAUGUUAGAGCUUCUCAACCAACUUGACGGUUUCGCGUCUGAUGACCGGAUCAAAGUGCUAGCAGCAACAAACCGCGUUGACGUGCUUGAUCCAGCUUUGCUCCGUUCUGGCCGUUUAGAUCGCAAGAUCGAAUUCCCUCUCCCCAACGAGGAAGCUCGAGCGCAAAUUCUAAAGAUCCAUUCCCGCAAGAUGACCGUAGAUGAGAACGUCAACUGGGCGGAAUUGGCACGAAGUACGGAUGAAUUCGGUGGCGCCCAGUUGAAGGCUGUGUGCGUAGAAGCUGGCAUGAUUGCGCUACGGAAGGGAAUGAGCAAGGUUGGCCAUGAACAUUAUGUGGAUGCGAUUGCGGAGGUACAGGCGAAGAAGAAGGAUACCAACGUGGGUAUUUAUGUUUGA